GUGUUUAUAUCUAUAUCUCGGUUCUGAGUGGAACGUGAUCCUUUGUUUAUUUGUACCUCGUUCAUUUCUCGGUUCUGAGUGGAACGUGAUCCUUUGUUUAUUUAUACCUCGAAACAACUGAAAAUAUGGUAAUGAAUUAUAAUUUUAUGCUUGUUCUCCUAGCUUUCUUGGUUGUGGUCCUGCAAUAUUCAGUUGUGGCACAACCAUCAGCUACAUUCAAUGUGCAAAGCUUUGGAGCAAAACCCGACGGAAGAACGGAUUCGACCAAGGCGUUUCUGAGUGCAUGGGGCGCAGCAUGUGGAUCGAUGAGGCCGUCGACAAUCUACGUGCCCCCGGGGAGAUACUUGCUUCGAGAUGCAAGGUUCACCGGGCAAUGCAAGAACAAGGGUGUCACAUUUCGAAUAGAUGGAACACUGGUGGCUCCGGCUGAUUAUUGGGUUAUUGGAAACAUUGGGAACUGGUUGCAUUUCGAAUAUGUUAGUAAUGUUAACAUUCAAGGUGGAAUUCUUGAUGGCCAAGGCACUGCUUUGUGGGACUGCAAGAGGGCAGGCAAGCGUUGCCCCAGCGGAGCCACGACACUGAGGUUCAGCAACUCAAACAACAUCAUGAUAAGAGGAGUAAGUUCAGUAAACAGCCAAAUGUUCCACAUUGUCAUCAAUGGCUGCAACAAUGUAAAGAUGUCAGGAGUGAAUGUUCAGGCGUCUGGCAAUAGCCCUAACACUGACGGAAUCCACGUUCAAAUGUCAUCCAGUGUCACCAUUUUGAAUUCCAAAAUCAGUACCGGAGAUGACUGUGUUUCUAUAGGCGCUGGUACUUCUAAUUUGUGGAUCGAAAAUGUCUUGUGCGGCCCUGGCCACGGAAUCAGUAUUGGUAGUUUAGGCAAAGAUUUACACGAACCAGGCGUGCAGAAUGUGACAGUCAAAACAGUUACAUUUACCGGAACACAAAAUGGCGCAAGAAUUAAAUCAUGGGGCAGACCAAGCUCUGGAUUCGUUCGCAAUGUACUUUAUCAACACAUCACAAUGGUUGAUGUCCACAAUCCUAUCGUAAUCGACCAAAACUACUGCCCGGGCCACAAGAAUUGCCCUGGACAGGAUUCUGGUGUAAAGAUCAGUGACAUAAGCUACGAAGAUAUUCACGGAUCAUCAGCUACGAAGGUUGCUGUUCAGUUCGACUGCAGUAAGAAUUAUCCGUGCAGUCGGAUAAAAUUGGACAAUGUGAAGCUGACUUAUGGAGACCAGCCCUCUACAGCAUCUUGUGAUAAUGCCGGAGGAACAGCAUCCGGAGUUAUUGUACCUGCAAGUUGCUUGUAGGGAUCAGAAGGAUGAUGAUGCCCUUUGCUUGUAAUUGUUUGAUUUCAUGUUACCAUUUCUUAUUAAUUAUUUUUUUUAUUUUGUUUGUGAUUAUAUCAGCUGAGCUGAUUAUAUGGAUAGCUUGAUUUCAUACCCAUGUAGGGAUUAAACAUCUGUCCUUACUGUGACAUAGGGUUUUCAAAUUGUUAUUGUAACUUCACUCAUGUUCAAAUAAAUGCAGCACUGCAGCAUAAUGCUGUGCUUUUGUA